GUUGCAUUUCAUACAUUUUUUCUCUCUUUUUAUUUAUAUAUAAUUAUAAUUAAUUUUUAUAUAUGCAGGUUUUCAAAGGCUAUCCUCACUUGAGAAUUUGGAGUUUCUUAAUUUAGCUUCUAAUAACUUCAAAACUGAUAUUUUAUUAUCUUUAAUUCAUCUCUCAUCUUUGAAAUAUUUAAAUCUAGAUGAUAAUCACAUGAAAGGAAGAAUUAAUAUUGAAGAAUUGAACAGCUUGACAAAUUUAGAAAGUUUGAGUAUAUGGUCGAACGAAAUUGAAGGUUUUAAGUCUUUUAAUGGUGGUGAAGAAUUAUUAAAUAUGAGCAAUCUAGAAUUUUUAGACAUGAGUCACAAUCACCUUGAAAAUGGUGUUUUAUCUCUCAAGGGUCUCUCCUCUCUUAAAACUCUAUUGAUGGAUUAUAAUCAAUUGAAAGGACCUUUUGAUUUAAAAGAAUUAGAUACCAUGAAUAAUUUGGAGAUGCUGAGUUUGGGUGGAAACAACAUUACAAACUUGAUCAGUUCAAGAGGUGGUGAAAACUUAUCAAAUAUGAGCAAUCUAAAAUCUCUAGACAUGAGUUUCAAUAACUUUGGAAAUGACGUUUUAUCAUCUCUUAGGAGUCUCUCCUUUCUUACAACUCUAAGGAUGGAUUAUAAUCAAUUUGAAGGACCUUUUGAUUUAAAAGAAUUGGAUACCAUGAGUAAUUUAGAGUUGCUGAGUUUGGUUGGAAACAAUAUUACAAAAUUUAUCGGUACAAAAGGUAUUAAUUAA